UCGUACCUACUGGCGCAUAAGCUACUGACUCGUUCUGGACUGUUGGGCAACAUGACAACGGGUAAGAAACUUAAAGCAAAGCUAAAACAAAAAUCGGACUGGGACGACAAAGCAAACAUUAUUGAGAAUAUUGAGGAGCCUUUUGAUAAUAAUGAAAACAAGAAAAAAGUGUCAAAGAGGAACAAAAGAGGAUUAGAAUGCACACAGGUUGUGAAUCCAGACACAACAACCAACGAGUGCCAAGAACCUGGAGAAGGAGAGAAUAAAAAAGAAAAAGGAAAAAGUGCCUCAAAAGAGGUUCACUUUGCCUUCCUACCUGAAAAAUACGAACCUCUGUUGGAAGAAGAUGAGAAUAAAGAACACCUCAAGGAAGAAAAGCGAAACAAAAAGAAACAGAAGUACAAAAAGUAUAAAAAGAAUGCUGGCAAGGCUCUGAGAUUUGGAUGGCGCUGUUUGGUGGUGGGACUACAAGGAUUCGCGGCUGGCUACACUGCGUCUUUGUCGGUGUUUGCAGCCAGAAACUGACCAAGUUUCCAAUGCCGACAGAGAAGACAAGCACCAUCACUUGUGUCCUCUGGGUCUCUGUCUUCUAAGAUGUAUUGGUCAGGUUCACUGGUAGCCCUAAGGCCCAACUUUUAGAAUCAUAAGUUCAAGUAAUUUCUGCUGAAAACGAACUUGUGACAUCAAUUAUUAUUAAUUUAAGCUACAAUAUCAUUAAGUGUCCAUAACCUUUUUAAAAUAGACUUUUUAUUACACCAAAGUCUGGAAUAAAGAAUUGUUUAUCACUGGGAUACAAGAAUUCCAAGAGGCCAUUACAGGGAUGAUUAUUACAGAAUUCUCCUAAAAAUGGAUGCUGUAAUUGAAAUCACAUUGAACAGUAUACAGAACACAGUUGUGAUAAUGUAGAUCAUAUAAUAAAAUCAAUGGUGUAUGUAGUCAUUAUAUUUAUCUUUUUUUUUUUUAACUCGGAUAUGUUGUACAUGGCAAUCAUGUGAUUUUAAAGCAUGUAAUUAUGCAUUAUUGAGGUAUUGUGGAUAUGGUAUUAAAAUAACUCCCUAUUUAACACUGGUUAGAGGUAUUAAAACAUGAAUCAUUAGGGACCACAUUGCGUAAACCACAGAAUGAACAAGAAAGUACAAGAAGGACAGAGGCAAGUGAAAUAGUGUGAAGAGAAUGAGAAGAAGGAGAGAAAAAGAGGAAGACUGGGAUUGAGAACCUAAAUUAAAAAUUCAGAAUGUUUUCAUCAUUACACAACCUGUGUCAUCUAUAUUCUGCUUCCGUAAUGUAAGAUGAAAGCUGUAUAUUACUAACUUAAAUAGGCUGGCGCUUUGUCAAAAACAGAGUAAUUGUUAUGGUGACAGUCAAACUGCUAAUGCAAUACUAAUAAGGAGGUUCAGCAAGUGUUACUAUGGGAACAAAAACACAUCUUUAUAAAAAUAAAUAUUGGGUCUGGUGUAUGUUUCAGUUGUUUUAACUGGUUAAAUGAAGAGAUGCUAGGCCUUAUUCUUUUUAAAGUAUGUUUGAUAUUUGUGGGAAAAAAAAAACAUUAUUUAAAUGAGCCAAAUUUAAUAAAUAAAUAUGUUUUACCUGUGUCACUGUUUCUUUUUUUUGUUGUUGUUGCUUUGAUUGAUGUCAUUUUCAUUUCUGAACCCGGCAGGCGGACAUUUUCGUGAAAUGAUAUUAAUACAACUCAAAAUGUUCGUUGUUCACGUUUAUUCUUGGUUUUCAGCUUUUUUCUAGAUUUUAAACAUUUUCCAGUUUCUAUUACUGUUUCGUUAAAGAAUACAUACCUCAGAACCGUGAUCAACGAAUGCUGUAUGAAAAUGAAAAGUGUAGAUAACUCCAGUCCUUCACACUCCAUUGGCUCCCACAUUAUACUCAAAAUCAUCCACAUUGAAUCAUAUUGCAGCAGCAGUGAGAAAACAAUACACUUCUCCACUAUGACUGGAGAGAGACACCCCCCCCCCAAAAAAAAAAAAAAAAAAAA